AUGACAGAUAUUCCUGGAAAAGCUUUUCCACACACCAAGGCGUAUAUGUAUAACAACUUGGACACGAAUGAUGAGGAAAUUCUUCGUGGCGAGCUCUUGACUAUUCUCCACCUGAUGCUGGGCCAGCUGAGGAAGGCACGCCUCCUUCAGCAUAUGAAAGCACCGGUCUUUCUGGUCUCGUUUAUGGGCAAACGUGCCCGCGCUUUUGAGUCCUACUUCAAUGGUCAAGCCCUCGUCCUGCGUACUACUAAACUCUACAAUUUCCCCGAGGAAACCUCGAUCGGGUUCAAGAAUCUUGCAGAGUGGUAUCUCAGCUCGCCGACAGGGGAUACUUUCUAGCUCGGCAUUUUGUUGUUCUUUCUUUGUUGUUCUUUUUCGGGUAGCGAAGGCGUUGGAUUA